UAAUUUUGAGUGGGUUUGGGCAGGAGUAGCAACCAAAAAUCUAUAAAAUUAAGAUAUUUUCAAAAUCCGGUGGAAGGCAAGACAUUAAUGAAGUUAGAAUCUUUUGCAAAGGUCGGUUUAAUGAGAAUGGGACGAUGGGUUUGAGCAGGCAGUAGUGAACCAAAAUUUUAUGAAGUUUAGGACCUUUUCCAAAUACGGUUCGCAAAAGAUUACUAACGGUUUGCCUAACCGAAUGUGAAGACACCCAAAUCGGCUUUCUAAAGAUUGAAGCUAGACAGACACAUAGGAAAAAGGAAACCCACCCACAAAGGAAGUCACUGUCGAUUUUGUUGAAUGAAUAGUGAAUUAUUUUAUCUAAUUCUAUGAUUUAUAUGAUUAUGUGAUUAUAAUAUUAUGGUGGUCCCGGCGCUGUGCUGGGAUUGGAGGGGUCACAGACAUAAGAGGCGGUGAUCGAGAUUUUGCACUCAAAUUCUCUUUAUUUUAAUUGUUUGAUAAGAGAUUGGGAUUCCCAUUCCAAGCCUCCACUGGGUCUUGCUCUUUUGCUCUUUUCUUCUUGUUGUUCUUCUUUCUUUCUGAAGCAGUUUAACCUUAUCAGUUGGACAAGGUUGUACUGGGGUUUGGCUCUUUUCAGCUUCAUUAGCAAGACUGGGUGAAGAUGUCUUCCUCGAGACCCAGCCACUCAUCCAGCAAUUCUGUGAGAUCAAGGCACAGUGCUAGGAUUAUUUCCCAGACCGCUGUAGAUGCAAAGCUUCAUGCAGAUUUUGAGGAGUCGGGCAGUUCAUUUGACUACUCAAACUCUGUGCAUGUUACCAGUUCUACUGGUUUAGAUCAUGCACCCAGGUCAGACAAAGUAACCACAGCUUAUCUUCAUCAUAUACAGAAAGGGAAGCUGAUCCAGCCUUUUGGCUGCUUGCUAGCCUUAGAUGAAAAAACAUACAAGGUUAUUGCAUAUAGUGAGAAUGCCCCUGAAAUGUUGACCAUGGUUAGUCAUGCAGUUCCAAGUGUUGGGGAUCACCCAGUUCUUGGUAUUGGAACUGACAUAAGGACUAUCUUCACUGCACCCAGUGCCUCUGCCUUGCAGAAAGCUCUAGGAUUUGGUGAUGUUUCUCUAUUGAAUCCCAUUUUAGUCCAUUGCAAGACUUCCGGGAAGCCCUUCUAUGCUAUUGUCCAUCGGGUAACUGGUAGUUUUAUAAUCGACUUUGAACCAGUAAAACCAUAUGAGGUCCCCAUGACUGCUGCAGGGGCCUUGCAGUCAUAUAAGCUUGCCGCUAAAGCAAUUUCCCGGUUGCAGUCAUUGCCUAGUGGGAGUAUGGAAAGGCUUUGUGAUACAAUGGUUCAGGAGGUUUUUGAGCUCACUGGUUAUGACAGGGUGAUGACUUAUAAAUUUCAUGAUGAUGACCAUGGAGAAGUUAUCUCUGAGGUCACAAAGCCCGGUUUAGAGCCAUAUUUGGGUCUGCAUUAUCCUGCCACUGAUAUUCCUCAGGCUGCACGAUUUUUAUUUAUGAAGAAUAAGGUCCGAAUGAUUGUUGAUUGCCGUGCAAAACAUGUCAAGGUGCUACAAGAUGAGAAGCUUCCAUUAGAACUAACCUUGUGCGGAUCAACCCUAAGGGCCCCACACAGUUGCCAUCUACAGUAUAUGGAGAACAUGGACUCCGUUGCUUCUCUGGUUAUGGCAGUUGUGGUCAAUGAAGGAGAUGAAGAUGAUGAUAGUCCUACUUCUGUGCAACCACAGAAAAGAAAGAGACUUUGGGGUUUAGUAGUAUGCCAUAAUACAACUCCACGAUUUGUUCCAUUCCCUCUAAGGUAUGCCUGUGAGUUUCUAGCUCAAGUCUUUGCUAUUCAUGUCAACAAGGAAUUGGAAUUGGAAAAUCAGAUUGUUGAAAAGAACAUCCUGCGCACCCAGACACUCUUAUGCGAUAUGUUGCUGCGAGAUGCUCCUUUGGGUAUUCUGACACAAAGUCCAAAUAUAACAGAUCUUGUGAAGUGUGAUGGAGCUGCACUAUUGUACAAGAACAAGAUAUGGAGGUUGGGAGUAACUCCCAGUGAUCUCCAAAUUCGAGAUAUAGCUGUGUGGCUCUCAGAGUAUCAUAUGGAUUCCACAGGCUUAAGUACAGAUAGCUUGUAUGAUGCUGGAUACUCAGCUGCUCUGUCUCUUGAGGAUGUAGUUUGUGGAAUGGCAGCUGUGAGAAUAACUUCCAAGGACAUGCUCUUUUGGUUUAGGGCUCCGACUGCUGCAGAAAUUCGAUGGGGUGGAGCCAAACAUGAACCUGGUGAGAAGGAUGACGGUAGGAAGAUGCACCCAAGAUCAUCCUUCAAGGCCUUCCUUGAAGUUGUCAAGACAAGGAGUUUGCCUUGGAAGGACUAUGAAAUGGAUGCAAUCCAUUCUCUUCAGCUUAUACUGCGGAAUGCUUUCAAAGAUGCUGAAACCAUGGAUGCGGAUGCCAAAGCAAUUCAUUCGAGGCUUAGUGACCUCAAAAUUGAAGGGAUGCAAGAAUUGGAAGCGGUUACUAGUGAGAUGGUCAGAUUAAUAGAAACAGCCACAGUGCCAAUUUUGGCAGUUGAUGUUGAUGGACUUGUUAAUGGGUGGAAUACAAAAAUUGCUGAGUUGACAGGUCUUCCUGUCGAUAAAGCAAUUGGGAAGCAUUUGCUGACACUCGUGGAAGAUGGUUCAAUUGACUUAGUAAAAAACAUGCUGUUCUCAGCCCUGCAAGGCAAAGAGGAGCAAAAUAUUCAAUUUGAAAUCAAAACGCAUGGGUCAAAGGUUGAAAGUGGCCCCAUCAGCUUAGUUGUUAAUGCUUGCGCAAGCAGGGACAUUAGUGAAAAUGUUGUUGGGGUAUGUUUUGUGGCUCAAGAUAUCACAGGCCAGAAGACAGUUAUGGAUAAGUUCACUCGGAUUGAAGGUGACUACAAAGCAAUCGUACAAAAUCCAAACCCAUUGAUCCCCCCAAUAUUUGGAACGGAUGAGUUUGGUUGGUGUUCUGAGUGGAAUCCAGCAAUGGCAAAAUUGACUGGAUGGAAGCGAGAGGAAGUGAUGGAUAAAAUGCUUUUGGGGGAGGUUUUUGGGAUCAACAGGGCUUGCUGUUGUCUGAAAAAUCAAGAAGCCUUUGUAAAUCUUGGGGUAUUAAUUAAUAAUGCCAUGACUAGCCAGGUACCUGAAAAGGUUUCUUUCAGCUUCUUUGCUCGGAACAAGAAGUAUGUGGAAUGCUUAUUGUGUGUGAGUAAGAAAUUGGACAGAGAGGGUGCUGUUACUGGGGUCUUCUGCUUCCUGCAGCUUGCAAGCCAAGAAUUGCAACAAGCACUUCAUAUCCAGCGAUUAUCAGAGCAAACUGCUUUGAAAAGAUUGAAAACACUAGCUUAUAUAAAAAGGCAGAUACAGAAUCCCCUUUCUGGGAUUAUGUUUUCUCGGAAAUUAAUGGAGAUUACUGAAUUGGAUGCAGAACAAAAGCAGCUUCUGCAUACUAGUGCCCAGUGUCAGCGCCAACUAAGCAAAAUUCUUGAUGACUCGGAUAUUGAUAGCAUUGUUGAAGGCUACUUGGAUUUGGAAAUGGUCGAGUUUACUCUGCAUGAGGUACUAAUUGCAGCCAUCAGUCAAGUCACAAUAAAGAGCAAAGGAAAGGGCAUACGAAUAGUCAAUGAUGCUGCUGAAGUGAUCAUGACUGAAACCUUAUAUGGUGAUAGCAUUAGGCUUCAACAGGUGUUAGCUGACUUCUUAGCUGCUUCAGUAGACUUUACACCGCCUGGAGGCCAGCUUACAAUUGCAGCUAAGUUUACUAAGGAUCAGUUAGGGCAAUCAGUUCAUCUUGUGCAUCUGGAGCUCAGGAUAACGCAUGCUGGUGGUGGGAUACCUGAACCGUUACUGAACCAAAUGUUCGGUAGUGAUGGAGAUGUCUCUGAUGAGGGCGUCAGCCUGUUUAUCAGUCGAAAGUUGGUGAAGCUCAUGAAUGGAGAUGUACAGUACUUGAGGGAAGCAGGAAAGUCAAGUUUUAUCGUAACAGUUGAACUUGCAGCCGGCCGUAAGUCACAGGCGUAACUGACUUUGAAGGAUGUAAUAAUAUUGACAAGCUGUUCCUGUAUAGAGCAAGAAGAAUUUCGGAGUUGGGAUGAAGUGAAUUUCCACUCUUUGCAGUUCUGCAUUUGUUCAAUUUUCUUCAUCAAAAUUUUAUCGGUCUCCCAAGCUGUAGAUAAUGUGCAAUUUCACUGUCUUAUGGACUUUAGUUCAGUUCAACUUUGCUUGACAAACUCUUACAUCUUAUAUUUGCAACAAAGUUUAAUGCAUCUCUUUUCUUAAUGAGGCAA